CAUUUUUUGAUUCUGAAAUUUUGUGAGUAAUUAUUUGUUAAUUCCUUUUCAAAUCGGUUUUUGACCGCUCCCUUUGUAUAAAUGCCUCCAACGGUUUUGGAACAAUCUGACGCUCAGAUGGCUGGCGAUCGUGCCAAUCGUUCACAGAAGGGUACUCCAGUUCGUCCUGGGGUUCCCCAAGGCCAAGGAGCUCCGAAGACGGGCAAGGAGAAUGAGGACAGUGUGAAAGCGGCGCCGUCCGCAGCGCGCAGUACUCCCGGACGCCAAGCCGAACGCAAGCCCGUGCAGGAUGUGAAGAAAGCGGAUAAAACAGCGGAAACUCCCUCGACGUCUGGUCAGACCGUCUCGUCAAAGGCACCCCAGGCUACCGCUGAACAGUUGCGCAUGGCACAGAUGUUUCAGAACUCCUCCGGGAAGGAUCUCGCACUUCAGGAAAAAGCGCAGCAGGUCAUGGAGCUGACGGGAUGUUCUUCAGACGAUGCCAUUAUUGCGCUUCACGAUACUGGUAAUGAUACGGAAGCGGCAGUGAAUCUUUUGUUAGAAGGCGGAGAAUUAAAGAGCGAAUGGGAAACCACAGGGAAAAAAGGUAAAAAAGUGCCGAAAGCGAAGAAAGACCAGGAAACGGACGAACGAUCCAACGUGCCUUUCGGAAUGGGAAGGGGACGGGGUCGUCAGCAGCAGCGUAGUACCAGUAAUCGGGGCGGAAAAGUCAGUGUACAGACCAUGCAGAAAUCCGGAUUCAUUCCACAAGAUGCGCAUCAAAAUUCCUCGAACGGAGCGCCGCCCAGUCGUUCUCAGCAGCCGCCAAAUCGCGACCGGCCAGCAUCUCCUGUUAAUAAAUCCGUAUCGGAAUCCCGCGUUAAGGGUGGCGGAGAUCCAUCAAAAGGGCGAGGAGGAGAACAUUCAUGGGAAGACACAGAUGAUGAUUGGAAAGAAGAUAUUCGAGAGACAAAAGUGUUUACUAGAAGCUCAGCACCUUCGGGACCACCGCAGCCAUUUGGAGGUGCAAAUCCUGCAGCACAACAGACAGCAUCCACGGCAACUACGUCGGGUCCCACAUUUUCGGCGAUGGUACAGAAACAAACAGCGUGGACCGGUAACAAUCCAUCCUUCGCUAGCACACCUCCGCGUCCCACACCUGACAACGCGGGAUGGAGACCAAUGCUACUGCUGCCGGCAGUCCAGCCGCAUCUAAGGGUAACGCAGUGCCAUCGGGAAAUCUGUCGGAUACGCAGUCGGGGCCCGGAUUACCCGGUUCUAGUCUCCUUACUUUGUUGUUUAUGUCUGGUUUUGCAGGAGGGAAAGAGCGAUGUAGCGCAGAUCAAUUCCCAGUUGGGAAGUCUCACUUUCAACCGUUCACUGCCGCCUCUUGAAAAUUCGGCGAAUCAGUUUUCCAGUCCGUCCCAAAGUCAGACGUUUUCCUCGAGGAAUACGUUUGCGAAUGCUGCAAGUGAUAGUGCAGUUCCCAGUGCACAAGAAUUUGGAUCGACGCGGAACGAAGCAUCGCAGCAACAAAGACCAGAUAUCCAUGCGGCGCCUAUAAAUGCCGCCGAUUCUGUCAAAUCUCAGACGUUCCAGAAUGCCGGUGCCUUUGCAGGUCCCAUGCAGUCGAAAACGUUCACGAAUUCUCAGAACGAUAUGAUGACAAACACGUAUUCAGCAAGGAAUAUCCAGAAUGCUCCGGUCGUUUCCGGUCCGGUACCCACGCCGCAGCAUGGGCUUACAGCGGCCGGUCCCGCGGCCUUUGGUGACGGCGUUUUUAGUCAAGACGUACGAGCGAAUCCCAGUAGUGCGGCAAGUCUGGGAAUGCAGAAACCGACAGCCUCUCCGCAGUCGGCCGAGAAAUUCAGCGCUCCAUCGGCCUUUGUACAGCAAUCUCCACAGCGUCCUCCGCAGACCGCGAAUCAGGCGGUGUCUCCUUCGACCGGACAUAUUCCGCAAACCGCUUCCCAGGCAGCCGGGUAUCCUGCCACCUCCCACGCGGCCGGCCAGCAGAUGCCCUCGGCGUCACCGGUGAAACCGACGGCAACGACGCCGACCAGCAUGGCGUACGGGAAUCUGUCCAGCGAGGCGGGCAACCGCAAUUCGUAUUCCGGUUUCCAGUCCACACCAUCUAAAGAGAGUGCUGCGAAUCUGAUGCCGCAAGCCACACCGACAUCGUUGCCGACCACCGUGACGGUGUCGCCGCAGCGAUCCAUGGCGGCGUCCUCCACGACACCGGUGUACAGCACAUCGAAAGCAAUUCCGUCGACUUCGAUGAGUUCGAAGUCUCCGUACGGAGGAAAUCAGCCCAACGUGACGCAGUCCGUGAUGAAUCAACCGUUCAUUCAACAGCAACCGUUUCCACAACAGAACACCAUGCAGAUGUUCCAUCCUAUGUAUUCCGCGAGUUUGGAUGGCAUGAACGAUCCCAGACUACAUAAUGUGAUGCAGCCCGCUAUCCCAAUGGACUAUUCUUACCAGGGCCACAUGCAAGGCCGUGACAACACUCUAGGCUAUUCCUCAACCAGUGAUUACAAGUAUCGGAAUGAUUCGGUAUUGGCGAAUCAGCAGGUGCAGGUAUCCCAACAGCAAGGCCUAGUUGGACCGCAUCAGAUGAACCAGUAUCCUGGACCGUACCAAGUGUUCUCUCCCCCGGUGGCACAGAACUUUCAACAGUAUACGACACAGAUGUAUUCUGGUAUGCAGUCGAAUUAUCCGAAGGGUAGUGGCGGUCUGGGAAACAGCUAUUCCGGAAAUACUUACGGAGAUAUGAGCGGUCUGGGUGAUGUGACGAGAGCGUCCAACACUUACGUAGGAUUAAGAGGACAGGGCAAUGAGACUUAUGCUGGAAGUCCAGGAAUGCUUAGUGGUGCCGAUCUGCAGAGUGGGUACUACAAUAAGCCUGUGAAUAAGUUUGAUAAGCCUUCGCCUGGAUUCGGAAUGCCAAUGGGCAAUCAACAGCCGGGAGCGUACGCAACGACCGGAUAUUUCCCGAUCAUGACGCAGCAGGCGGUGCAUCCCAUCCAGCAGCCGGUACAGCAGGUCUCAGCGAUGAAUGCGCAGAAUGUUUCCAGCAACAAACAGAACAAGGGACCGCAGGCGCAAUAUUGGGGACAUCAAGGUGGACCGUUAUAGCCUCGCUGUGACUUGUCGUUGACGGAUUGUGGAGUUGUUAGUGGACAUUUGCGUGUUCAUGGCGCUAGCGGCGCUCCUUUUCGGGUUCCAUUGUAGUUACGCUGUAAUGUUUUUACGCAUGUUAUUUCAUUGCCGGCGCUGUCGCCGGGAUGAAUAUUGUAAUAUUCAAGUAAAUUAUGUUGUUGUUCUCUUUUAACCAGAUGCAAUAUUGUGCUUCUCUCUAACCGCAUCUUUUGACUUUGGUAUACGAGAAAGAUAAUUUUGUAACAAAAUAAAACGAGAAAAUUG